GAGGCGGGGCCCGGCGGGGGCGAGGCGGGCACCCCCGCUUCCCCCCCCCCCCAACUCCCCAACCCGGGGCAGCGUGAACUCAACAGUCGCCAUGGCGGAGCAGGAGAGUUUGGAGUUCGGCAAAGCCGACUUCGUGCUGAUGGACGCCGUCACCAUGCCCGAGUUCAUGGCCAACCUCCGCCUGCGGUUUGAAAAAGGCCGGAUUUAUACGUUUAUCGGGGAAGUGGUGGUUUCCAUGAACCCUUAUAAAAACUUGAACAUCUACGGGCGGGACAUGAUUGAGCAGUACAAGGGCAGAGAGCUGUACGAGAGGCCUCCCCACCUCUUCGCCAUCGCUGACGCCGCCUACAAAGCCAUGAAGAGGAGAUCGAAAGACACCUGCAUCGUGAUAUCGGGUGAGAGCGGGGCUGGGAAAACCGAGGCCAGUAAAUACAUCAUGCAGUACAUCGCGGCCAUCACCAACCCGGGGCAGCGCGCCGAGGUGGAGAGAGUGAAGAACAUCCUCCUGAAAUCCAACUGCGUGCUGGAGGCCUUUGGCAACGCCAAAACAAACCGCAACGACAAUUCCAGCAGGUUCGGAAAAUACAUGGACAUCAACUUUGACUUUAAAGGAGACCCGAUCGGCGGGCACAUCAAUAAUUACCUCCUAGAAAAGUCCCGUGUGAUUGUGCAGCAGCCUGGAGAACGCAGCUUUCAUUCUUUUUACCAGCUCCUGCAGGGCGGUUCUGACCAGAUGUUACGUUCUCUGCACCUUCAGAAGGACGCGUCUGCCUACAACUACAUCUGUCCUGGGGCGCAGCUAAAGUGUUCCAUCAACGACGGUGCGGAGUUCAAAGCCGUAGCUGAUGCCAUGAAAGUCAUUGGCUUCAAGCAGGAAGAGAUUCAGACUGUGUACAGAAUCGUGGCCGCCAUCCUUCACUUGGGGAACUUGAAGUUUUCUGUGGAUGGCGAUACGCCCGUGAUAGAAAACGGCAAGGUUGUGUCCGUCAUCGCAGACUUGCUGUCAACAAAAGCUGACAUGGUGGAGAAGGCUCUUUUGUUUCGAACGGUGGCUACAGGUCGGGACGUGAUUGACAAACAACAUACUGAACAAGAGGCCACCUACGGCAGAGACGCCUUUGCAAAAGCGAUAUACGAGCGCCUCUUCUGUUGGAUUGUGACACACAUCAAUGAUGUCAUUGAAGUGAAGAACUAUGACACCACAAUACACGGGAAAAACACCGUCAUCGGCGUCCUGGACAUCUAUGGCUUUGAAAUAUUUGACAAUAACAGUUUUGAGCAAUUUUGCAUUAAUUACUGCAAUGAAAAGCUCCAGCAGCUCUUUAUCCAGCUGGUUCUAAAGCAGGAGCAGGAGGAGUACCAGCGAGAGGGGAUUCCCUGGAAGCACAUAGAUUACUUCAACAACCAGGUCAUCGUGGACCUGGUGGAGCAGCAGCACAAAGGGAUCAUCGCCAUUCUGGACGACGCCUGCAUGAACGUUGGCAAAGUGACGGACGAGAUGUUCCUGGAGGCUCUGAACAACAAGCUGGGGAAACACGCACAUUUCUCCAGCAGAAAGCUUUGCGCCACUGACAAAACGCUGGAGUUCGACAGAGACUUUCGCAUCAAGCACUACGCCGGGGAUGUCAUCUACUCAGUCACUGGAUUUAUCGACAAAAACAAGGACACUUUAUUUCAAGACUUCAAGCGCCUUAUGUACAACAGCUCCAACCCCGUGCUGAAGAUGAUGUGGCCCGAAGGCAAACUCAGCAUCACGGAGGUCACCAAGAGACCCCUGACGGCUGCUACACUCUUUAAGAACUCCAUGAUUGCGCUGGUGGACAACUUGGCAUCCAAGGAGCCCUAUUAUGUCCGGUGCAUCAAGCCCAACGAUAAGAAGUCGCCGCAGCUGUUUGAUGAGGAACGUUGCCGGCAUCAGGUGGAAUACCUUGGCCUCCUGGAGAACGUGCGUGUCCGCCGAGCGGGGUUCGCCUACCGCCAGACCUACGAGAAGUUCCUGCACAGGUACAAGAUGAUCUCGGAAUUCACGUGGCCGAACCACGACCUCCCGUCAGACAAGGACGCUGUGAAGAAGCUCAUUGAGUGUCACGGCUUCCAGCACGACGUCGCUUACGGCAAGACCAAGAUCUUCAUCCGCACGCCUCGAACCCUCUUCACCCUGGAGGAGCUGCACGCCAAGAUGCUCGUCAGGAUCGUCCUCUUCCUGCAGAAGGUGUGGAGGGGCACUCUGGCUCGCCUGCGCUACAAGAGGACCCGGGCGGCCCUGACCAUCCUCCGGCACUACCGCCGCUCCAAGGUCAAGGGCUACAUCCACGAGCUGGCCCGGCGCUUCCACGGCGUGCGCCAAAUGAAGGACCACGGCAAGCACGUGCAGUGGCCCACGCCGCCCAAAGUGCUGCGGCGCUUCGAGGAGGCGCUCCAGGCCAUUUACCGCAGGUGGCGGGCGGGUGAGCUCAUCCGCAGUGUCCCACCAGAGCUUCUCCCUCAGCUGAGGGCCAAGGUCGCCGCCAUGGAGGUGCUGAAGGGUCACCGAGCCGACAUCGGCCUGCAGAGAGCCUGGCAGGGGAAUUACAUCGCGCUGAAGCCGGAUCACCCUCAGACCGCCGGCUCUUUCACCCCCGUCGCCAACGAGCUGAAACGCAAAGACAAAUACAUGAACGUUCUCUUUGCCUGUCACGUCCGCAAGGUGAAUCGCUUUAAUAAAGUGGAGGACAGAGCAAUCUUCAUCACCGAUCGACACCUUUAUAAGAUGGACCCUAUGAAGCAGUACAAGGUGAUGAAGACCAUCCCCCUCUAUAACUUGGUAGGAUUGAGCGUCUCCAACGGGAAGGACCAGCUUGUGGUCUUCCACACGAAGGACAACAAGGACCUCAUCGUCUGUCUGUGCGGCAAAGAGCCCUCGAGCGACAGCAGGAUCGGGGAGCUGGUGGGAGUCCUGGCCAGUCACUUCAAGAGCGAGAAACGCGCUCUGCAGGUCAGCGUCACCAACCCGGUCCAGUGCAGCCUGCACGGGCGGAAAUGCACCGUCUCCGUGGAGACCAAGAUUAACCAAUCCCAGCCGGAUUUCACCAAGCAUCGUUCCGGUUUCGUCCUCUGCGUGCCGGGGAAUUAGCGUCCCGGAGGAUGGAGCUUCCAUCGGCGCCUCCCACGGCUCAAGGGGACGAGUUCAGAGGCGCUUCAGCCGUGACUUGGGCCUGCGCCUAAAACGGGCUCUAAAGCCAGAGGUUUCGCCAAACCCACGUUCAGGAGAGGGUUUUACUACCGCAUGCAACAGCGGCUUAAAAUAGCCAGUGACCUGUAUCCUUCGUACAAAACAGGCCAGAAUAUCAGGAAAGUGCUUCUAAGUCAAAAAACAAAGCAUUUAUAGGUACUUAUCCCCUUUCCCACAUUGAUUUCUGAAACCCUCUCCAGUAUCCCCUUCUGUGUUGCCUUUUUCUGUGUUGUUUUGUUUGCAAUAUUAUGCAGCCUCCACUGGAGGAGGAACCAAAGAUCGCGGCUCAGGGCGGCUGGGCCUGUGAGAGCCGAUGGCGGCGGAACGGGAGCAGGUUUGGGAGCGGCGCUGGGUCCCCAUGCCGGGGACGCUCCGCUCAGAGCCGGGAUGGACCGUGGACACACUCUGAACUCGCUGCUUUCCUGCCUGGAGCUCAUCACCCGUCCCGGAGCUCAUCACCCCAUCCUGGAGCUCAUCACCCCAUCCUGGAGCUCAUCACCCAUCCCAGAGCUCAUCACCCCAUCCCAGAGCUCAUCACCCAUCCUGGAGCUCAUCACCCAUCCCAGAGCUCAUCACCCCGUCCCAGAGCUCAUCACCCAUCCUGGAGCUCAUCACCCAUCCCAGAGCUCAUCACCCAUCCCAGAGCUCAUCACCCAUCCUGGAGCUCAUCACCCCAUCCCAGAGCUCAUCACCCAUCCCAGAGCUCAUCACCCAUCCCAGAGCUCAUCACCCAUCCCGGAGCUCAUCACCCAUCCUGGAGCUCAUCACCCAUCCCAGAGCUCAUCACCCCAUCCUGGAGCUCAUCACCCAUCCUGGAGCUCAUCACCCAUCCCAGAGCUCAUCACCCCAUCCUGGAGCUCAUCACCCAUCCCAGAGCUCAUCACCCCAUCCUGGAGCUCAUCACCCAUCCCAGAGCUCAUCACCCCGUCCCAGAGCUCAUCACCCCGUCCCAGAGCUCAUCACCCAUCCUGGAGCUCAUCACCCCAUCCCGGAGCUCAUCACCCAUCCUGGAGCUCAUCACCCCAUCCCGGAGCUCAUCACCCAUCCUGGAGCUCAUCACCCAUCCCAGAGCUCAUCACCCCAUCCCAGAGCUCAUCACCCCAUCCUGGAGCUCAUAAUCUCAUCGUGGAGCUCGUCACCCAUCCCGGAGCUCAUCACCCAUCCUGAAGCUCAUCACCCAUCCCGGAGCUCAUCAUUCCAUCCUGGAGCUCAUCACCCAUCCUGGAGCUCAUCACCCAUCCCGGAGCUCGUAAUCUCAUCCCAGAGCUCAUCACCCAUCCUGGAGCUCCUCACCCAUCCCUCACCUCGGCUGGACACAGACUGUGGGUUUCCCAGCGCGGAGGUUUUGUGGGUUUUAUUUUAAUCCUGCAUCGCUUUUGCCUUAAUUAACCUCACCCAAAAUCCCGGUGGGUUCAAUUCGGACCAAGUGACCUUGCUGAAUUCUGAAAUGCUGCACGUGGCUCCGUGUUCGUCCCAGCGAUGGGGCUCGGAGGGGGCGCUGACAGGACCUGCAGCCACUGGAACGUUCUAGAAACCAGUGGAGUUUGGGUGCUGAGGCUGCAGCUCCCGGCUUUGCACUGUGGAGCUGCAGCUGCGUCCGUGUCCCCGCGAGCGGCACAAACGCGACCGCACGUCCACGCUGUUCCCUGCGCAGCGAUUUCCAGGAUCUCCCAGUGGCCGCUGGGACACCGUGUGACAGCGCGUGUCCCCCGAGCCAGGCGGGCACAGAAGGGCCGGAUGGACCAACGGGCCUUUUAUUUCCACAUGGGGGGGUCUGGGCUGUUGGGAUCGUGUGUCCCGAGUCCUGGCGCUGCUGGUCAGGUCAGGAUCUCCAGCCCCUGGGACACAGGGUGACCCCACCUUGGUGACCCCAGGAACACGUUGAGUUGAGCGUUGUAGGAACCACAAAGAGGAGCUUCGCCUAACGACGUGUUAACGAAGGGGCUGCCAAAGCCACGAGCGGGACGGGUUUGUACCCAGGUUGGGGCACCGCGAGCACCGAGAAGCUCCAGCUCGGUGGGAUGAGCUCUGUCCCCUCACUGGGGCCUCCUGGACGGACCAGCGCUCACCAGUGUAUCCCAGUAUAUCCCAGUGAGCAGCUCUGCGCUUCAUGGGGGUGUCACAUCAGCCCCAACCCCUCGGAAGAAGCUUUUCCAGCCGCCAACAACCCCCCGUCCCCAGCGCCGGGGGGACCUGGUGACACCCCCCCAGCGACCCCUCCUGCCCUUGCCCAGCACCCAACCUGGGCCCACCCACCCGUCAGCGCCUCGCGUGCGCGCGGUGCCACCACGGGCCACCCCAGAGGGAGAAUCCUCCCCCCGCGCCUUUCGAUUUGCACUUCUGGCUCUUUGCGCACCCGCCGGUCCCGGCGGCCCCCCCGGGUUCGACCAGCACUUUGGGUCCAGCCGAGCGGCGCACGGAACCGCGACGGGCGGCACCGAACGGCGGGUGCGGGAACCGGCUAAUCCUAUGAGACGGCAAUAGAGUACGUGAUGAGAUGUGUCUAUAUAAAAUAUAUAUCUGUUCCUGCUCUGGUUUUAUAUAUAUAUAUAUAUAUAAAAAAAUCUAUAAAAUAUAUAUAUUCCUGUUUUUUCCCAUAAAUUAACUAUUUCUAAAUUGAAUUCCGAUUCUCAGCCUGGGCCGAUAAGGCGAUGAUUUUUUUUAAUUAUUAUUAUUAUGAUGAUUUUUUUUUUAAUCGCUGAUAUUUUAAUGUUUAAAAAUAAAUAAACCCCAACUACA